AUGCUGCGGAGAAUGCGAAGUUUGUGCUGGUUGCUGCUGCUGCCUUUGGUUGUGGGAAUCCAUCCAGAAUGCAAGAUAUUCCAGCAGGUGGUGAAAGAAGAAGCACUCUGCUUAGAAAGGAACGAAUCUGUUUCACCUGAUCUUAAAGGAUGUGCCAGAGAUUGGGAUGGUCUAAGUUGUUGGCCCAGAGCUGCCGUGGGGGAAAUAGUUAAAAUUCCUUGUCCAAGAUUUUUUGAAGAAAUCACCAAUAUCCAUGGCUUCCUUCAGAGAAACUGCACAAAGGAGGCAUAUUGGUCAGAACCAUUCCCAUCAUAUGCUGUUGCCUGUGGAUUUGAUGAAGGUUCCAGCAAAGGUCCUGAGGAUCAGAAAUCAUAUUAUUCUGCAUUUUGGCGUGUCUACACUGCUGGCUAUGCAGCAUCAGUGACUUCACUCAUUACAGCUCUAAUUGUCUUUGCUGCCUUCAGAAAGUUCCAUUGUACACGGAAUUACAUCCAUAUGCACCUGUUUGUCUCCUUUAUCCUGAGAGCAAUUGCUGUUUUCACCAAAGAUGCUGUUUUGUUUGCAGAUGAAACUAUGGACCACUGCCUGAUGUCAACGGUAGCUUGUAAGGCUGCAGUGACAUUCUUCCAGUUCAGUAUUUUAGCCAAUUUCUUCUGGCUUCUUAUUGAAGGAAUAUACCUUCAGACACUUCUUUUGCUGACCUUUGUUUCGGACAAGCAAUACGUAUGGUGGUUCAUCUUUGCUGGCUGGGGAGCUCCCACUGCUGUGAUGCUUACUUGGCUCCUCACAAGACUCCAUCAACAAAACACAGGAUGUUGGGAUGAUGAUGAAAAUGGAGUGGUGUUAUGGAUCAUCAAGGGCCCCAUUCUGUUAACUGUACUGGUUAACUUCAUUAUAUUUAUUAAUGUCAUCAGAAUUCUAGUCCAUAAAUUGAAAUCUCAAGAGGGAGGGGGGAGCAAUUCAAGCCACUUUGUGAGACUUGCUAAAUCUACAUUGCUCUUGAUCCCACUCUUUGGAGUGCACUACAUCGUGUUUGCAUUUUUCCCAGAGAGCACUGGUUUGGAAGCUCGACUUUACAUUGAGCUAGGCUUGGGUUCCUUUCAGGGCUUUUUUGUUGCACUUCUAUACUGCUUCUCAAAUGCGGAGGUUCAAAGUGAACUCAAGAAGCAGCUGUGCAAAUGGCGGUAUCAAGAAUACCUGAGCUUCACACACAAACAUGGGACUGUGUCCAAAGAAAACAGUCCAGUCAACUAUGUCACUCAGUUAUCAUUGCUUGAAAAAAUCAGUCCAAAAAGGAAAACACCUGCCAACCAGAAUGGUGUAACUUCUGUCUGA